AACGAUCGUCGCGAUUAAUCGGAGAAAUCGGGGAUCGACCGGAAGGCAGAAGUUGGAUCUUCUGCUGCUCGCACCGCCGGGAUCUGGUGAUAGAUGGAGGCGCGGAGGUGACGAGAGGAACAUCAGAGGAGAUAAAAGCCAAAAAUUAAACAGCCGCAGAGACACAGAGGAGGAGGAGGAGAGGAGAGGAACAAACAUCAGAGAGGAGGAGAAGAUGUACGGACGAUACGCUCAGGAGCUCGGCGCCUACGCCAAGGAGGAAGCCGCUCGCUUUAGAGCCGCCGGGGUUCGGAACCCCACGCCGGAUCAGAUGGAUUAUGAGAAGCACCCGUGUGUCAAGUGCCAACUGUGCACCUCACGGUGUCAAAGGUUCCUGAUCUCGCGGGUGGGGGAGGACUGGAUCUUCCUCAUCCUGCUGGGACUGCUGAUGGCGCUGGUGAGCUGGGUGAUGGACUACACCAUCGCCUUCUGCCAACAAGCGCAGAAGUGGAUGUACGGCGGUCUGGACAGUAACAUGCUGCUGCAGUAUCUGGCCUGGGUUUCCUAUCCCGUGGUCCUCAUCACCUUCUCAGCGGGUUUCACUCAGAUCCUGUCGCCGCAGGCAGUGGGUUCGGGGAUUCCUGAGAUGAAGACGAUCCUCCGGGGCGUGGUCCUGAAGGAGUACCUGACCUUCAAAACCUUUGUGGCUAAAGUGAUCGGCCUGACCUGCGCCCUCGGUAGCGGCAUGCCUCUGGGUAAAGAGGGUCCGUUUGUACACGUGGCGAGUCUCUGCGCGGCCCUGCUGAGUAAAUUCAUGGCUCUGUUCGGUGGAAUCUACAUGGAAGAAUCGUUCGAGGGAACCAAGAAUGAACUGAGGAACACUGAGAUGCUCUCCGCUGCGUGUGCUGUUGGUGUCGGCUGCUGCUUUGCUGCCCCUAUAGGAGGCGUGCUGUUCAGUAUCGAGGUGACAUCCACCUUUUUCGCGGUGAGGAAUUACUGGCGAGGGUUUUUCGCCGCUACGUUCAGUGCCUUCAUCUUCAGAGUGCUGGCUGUGUGGAACAAGGACGAAGAAACCAUCACGGCUCUGUUUAAGACCAGGUUUCGUCUGGACUUCCCGUUCGACCUGCAGGAACUCCCGGCCUUCGCCGUGCUCGGCAUAGCGAGUGGAUUCGGAGGGGCGCUGUACGUCUACCUGAACCGCCUGAUCGUGGAGUCCAUGAGGAAGCAGAAAACCAUCAACAAGUUCCUCCUCAAGAAGAGGCUGGUGUAUCCCGCUCUGGUCACUCUCCUCAUAUCAACCCUCACCUUCCCUCCAGGAUUCGGACAGUUCAUGGCUGGACAGCUCACCCAGCACGAGUCCUUGGUGGCGCUGUUCGAUAACCAGUCGUGGUACAAACAGGGCGUGUCGGAGGAGUUCCAGUACGCCUCUCAGCCUCAGGCCUGGAAACAUCCUCAGGUCAGCGUCUUCAUCACCCUCCUCCUCUUCAUCGUCAUGAAGUUUUGGAUGUCGGCCGUAGCCACGACCAUGCCGGUGCCGUGUGGAGCCUUCAUGCCCGUCUUCCUCAUAGGAGCUGCGUUCGGGCGGUUGGUGGGCGAGAGCAUGGCAGCCGUGUUUCCUGAGGGCAUCCACACCGACAGUACCGUGUAUCCCAUAGUACCCGGCGGCUACGCUGUCGCAGGCGCGGCGGCUCUGUCCGGGGCGGUAACGCACACCGUAUCGACGGCGGUGAUCGUGUUCGAGCUGACGGGUCAGAUCUCCCACAUCCUCCCGGUCAUGAUCGCUGUGAUCCUGGCCAACGCCGUCGCUCAGAGCCUGCAGCCGUCGCUCUACGACUCCAUCAUCCGCAUCCAGAAGCUGCCGUACCUCCCAGAACUCGGCUGGGGGCAAGAGAAGUAUAAUAUUCGGGUGGAGGACAUCAUGGUGCGAGACGUUCGCUUCAUCACCCUCACCUCCACCUACCGGGAUGUCCGGGACGCGCUGGUGAACGGGCAACUCAAAACCCUCGCCCUGGUGGAGUCUAAAGAGUCCAUGAUCCUGCUGGGUUCCAUCGAACGUUCUCAGCUCCAGUGUCACCUCUCGGAGCAGCUCGGCCGCCAGCGGAGGCUUCAGUACCUGAGGGAACGGGCGCAGGGUAACGGCGCCCACGUCGAUGUCUCCAUCUCCCAGAAUUCCUCACCCAAAGCAGGGCAUGGCGUCCGCUUCCUGAUUUCCACAGAGGAAUCGUCCUACAGCCCGACGCUCAGCAACUCACAGAUCCCCCUCAAAUCUGCCCUGAAAACCGUCUCGUCCAUCAGCACCAGCACGGCCGACGCCCUCACCAGUUCUCCGAGUCCCUCCUGUGGAGAACCUGUUAAAGAGCAGAUGGAGGAUCCUCCCAACGUUGAGGACGACAUGUCCACGGCUGAGAUAGCCGAGUGGGAGGAGCAACAGCUGGAUGAAGCGGUCAGUUUCAGUAAUUGUAAAAUAGACCCCGCCCCCUUCCAGCUGGUCGAGCGGACGUCUCUGCACAAGACUCACACCAUUUUCUCUCUGCUCGGUCUGGAUCACGCGUACGUGACGAGCACCGGGAGGCUGGUUGGAGUUGUGUCUCUGAAAGAGCUACGCAAAGCCAUCGAGGGCUCGGUGACGGUGACCGGGGUGAAGGUCCGACCCCCUCUGGCCAGUUUCCGUGACAGCGGCACCAGCACCAGCGUUUCCGAGGUAACCGAGCUGCACAAGCUGUGGAGUCGGCACAGGAGCCUGUUGCCACGGGAACCCGAGGCGGGCGGCGAGCUGGAGGAGGACGAGCUGGAGCAGGCGUCGGAGAGCAGCGCGCUCAACGAGACGGACUGCACCGAGGUCCUGCCCAACGAGGACCAAUCAGAAGCCUCGGUCCCGGAGGAGAGCCAAUCGGAGCUGGAGACGGCGGAGAACCUGUCAGAGACGACGAACGAAAACGACUCGAACCGGAACGAGGAACUGACGUGCCAGAUCGAGGCCGAGAACGCCGAGGAGCAGCCGGAAUGACGACGGGCGGUGAUCGCUACCCACGCACAACCACGAGUCGAAAGUAUUCGGACACACACGCAGCUCAUCCUGCCGUCAAACUAGCAUGCAACACACAGCGGGUCAUUUACCGCGCCAGUGCACGAUCCUCAGCUCAGAUCCGCUCAUGUGAGAUACUGUCCACAUAAAUAUGGCACAUUUUUAAA